ACUAUUUCAUUCACCAUUUACGCGUGCGUCAUGUAUUUGAAUGCAUUUAAAUGGUUUUAAACUAACUGUCAUACAAGUUGUCUGUAGUUUUAACAGUUACCAUGGAUUUAGAAAUAGAAAAAAUACAUAAUAUUCUAAUUGAAGCCAAUCUUCCAUCAAGUAUAAAGGACCUAAAAAAUCCAACUGAAGAAUUUGUUGUGGAUUUAAUUAAUACAUUUUUAAGAAGAUUUCAUAUAUAUGUUGGAACAAUUAAUAAUCCACUAAUGGAACAACAAGAUAUAAUGGAAUACAUAGAAGAUUCUGAUAUCAUUGGACUCAUAAAUUUACAUACUGCAAUGGUACAAAUAUGUGAUCGUAUCUAUUUUAAAGAUUUAUGUAUUACAGAUAUAUCUAGCCCAGGUUCAAAGAAAAUACGGAAAUUUGCAAAGUUUCUUGCAAAUUUUAUAUUAUUUGCAAAUAACAAAGAGUCUGAUAUAGAAGAGCAAAUCAAUGAAAUUCAAAAUAGAGCAAAACUAUUACACGAUAUGAUAGAAAAGAAGAAUGAAGUGAUACAAACUAAAAAUGAAAAGGCACUCUACAUAGGAAAGCAGUUAUCAUUAAAAGAAAAAUAUAUCUCUGAGAUUCAAAAGUUGCAAUCCAAAAGGGAAAGGAAUAAUAAGAAGGAUGCAGAAAUAACAGCAAAGGAAACAGCAGCAAAACGGAAAAAACAACAAGCAGUGGAGCUUUGUGGAACUUACAAAGCAGAAGCUUCAAAGUUGCAUAAAAAAGUUACACAGUUACAAUCAGAGAUUAUCGAAUCUCCUGAUAAAUAUGAGAUGCAUUUAAAAGAACUAGAAAAACAGCAGAGUUCUAAAGUGCAAGAACGAAAAACAAUGGAAGAAGCAUGCCAAGAUAAAAAACAUUUAAUGGAGCAACAGACAAACAUUUUCAAUUUUGUUCAAAAACAGUUAGAGAAAUUAGUUGAAGUUCAAGAUAUAUAUCAGCAAUUAAAGAAAGUAGAUGUUCAAGAAGAUAAUAUUAAGAAGCAAGUAGAUAUGCUCAGAACAGAUAUUGCCAAUUUUGAAAAAAGAUUAGAAAAUCAAAAGGGACAGCGCGAAGAAACUGAAGUACACGACAUUCAAGCACAAUACGAAGAGCGUCUCUCUCCUCUACGCAACUUAAGUUCUCAGCUAUUAAGUGACAAAAAGUUAUCUGAAGUAAAAUUGGAAGAAAUGAAAGAGCAAUAUAAUGAGGGGUACUUAAAAUUAGAUGAAAUGCGAAGUACUACACAAAAAUUAGAAGAUGAAACUACGGUACUUAUUAAGAACUACCAAGAUCUUUAUGACAAUGAGAUUUUAACUGAAAAAGCUUUGUGGGAAACGUGGUUAAACGAAUAGAGGUAAAAAUUUCUUUCAAUCGCGUUAAUAAACUAGUUAAGGUCUUUAUCAGUAUUUCCAUAUUAGCUAAUAAUAACUGCAUUGACACAUAAAAAAGAAAUAUUCAACAGUAUAUACUAUUCUUUAUUUUAUUUAAUUACAUUUGUUAGCAACACAAUCACCUAAUAUUUAAACAUUAUUGAACAUAUUUAUCUAA